AUGGGGUCCGAUCCUCAGUACAUCAAAUACCCCGACCUCCUUCUCGCCCAACAUGUCUUCAACCUCUCUAAUCCAGCAUGUCCUCAGACGGUACGACAGACUUCGCUAAAGAAUCUUCAAGAGGCCAUAGUGGAGCGAAAGAUGGCGCCCUUUUAUCGACAUCUUGCCCACCCCGUCGAAGGCGUCCUGAACCACUCCGCUGAAGGUGUUCCCCAACCACGGUCAUCGAGUGCCGGCAAACCGCUCAGCACCCUGGCGUCGCGGAGACUAUCACAAAAGAUUGAAUUCCCGUGGGAUGAAGAUUUGUAUCAAUCACUCGUUGAGGAUAAUCGAAAGGAGCUGGAAGGUUUCCAGAAGGAAGAAGACGAGGCAGAGGAAGCUGCUGGCGAAACCGAAGUGCAGGCCGCGCGAGGAAAACGUGCUGAAUUCUGGGCGCGGGUUGGAGAUAAGGAUAAAGCAAUCGAGUCGCAUGAAACUCUCCUGGAGAAAACGACAUUCCUCGGAUCGAAGAUAGACCUCGUCCUCGCCAUGAUUCGAAUCGGGCUCUUCUUCGGUGACACCUUAUACGUCAAGAAGAACAUUGAGAGGGCGGAUACACUUAUCGAGAGUGGUGGUGACUGGGAUAGAAGAAACCGCCUCAAGGCAUACAAGGGCUUGCAUUUGCUCACCGUUCGGUCCUACAGCGCCGCUGCCCCGCUACUGCUUGACAGUCUGUCUACGUUUACGAGCUAUGAGCUAUGCAGCUACUCUGCCCUUGUCAUCUAUGCAGUACUUGCGGGCUCAUUGUCCUUGAAGCGUGUUGAUUUCAAGGCCAAGGUUGUGGACGCACCCGAAAUCAAGGCUAUUCUCGGCUCGGGCGAAGACCGUUUGGCGGCGCUUACCGGCGAGAUAUCAUCUGGCCCCGGUGCUCAAGAUGAAGAGAUGAAGGAUGCCUCUGCCCCAGCUGCAACCACCACAAUCGUCAAUCUGACUGCCUUUAGUGGCAACGCUGGCAUCCAGGCGGAAGUCGAGACGCCCAUUGACUUUACACCUCUCUCCAACCUAGUCGGUAGCCUGUACAAUGGGAAUUACCGGACGUUCUUCCUCGCUCUCGCCGCCGUAGAGGACAAUUUCUUGACGCAAGACCGAUACUUGUACGAACACCGUGCCUGGUUUGUGCGUGAGAUGAGGUUGAGGGCCUACCAACAACUCCUCCAGAGUUACCGCGUGGUAGGGCUAAACAGCAUGGCUAACGACUUUGGUGUGACGGUGGACUAUUUGGAUCGGGAUCUUGCCAAAUUCAUUGCCAGUAACCGAAUCGCAUGCACCAUUGACCGGGUCAAUGGUAUUAUCGAGACGAACCGACCGGAUGACAAGAACAAGCAGUACGCCGAUGCUGUGAAACACGGUGAUGCUCUGAUCACAAAGCUGCAGAAGUAUGGACAAGCGGUUCGCCUGCGGGGAAGCGAGCGAAGUUAG